CGAUCUCGGUCUGCCGAAGCUGAGCUGUGUGUGGACGAUCAUGGCGGAGCGCAGGAGGCACAAAAAACGGAUCCAGGAGUUGAGCGAGCCCACCAAGGAGGAGAAGGCGGUGGCCAAGUACCUGCGCUUCAACUGUCCCACCAAGUCCACCAACAUGAUGGGCCACCGAGUGGACUACUUCACCGCGUCCAAGGCGGUAGACUGUAUACUGGACUCCAAGUGGGCCAAGGUCAAGAAGGGCGAGGAGGCGGUCUUCACCACCCGAGACUCGGUGCUCGUCUACUGCAACAGACUCCUCAAGAAGCAGUUUUUCAACCGAGCCCUCAAAGUGAUGAAGAAGAAGUCGGAGAAGGACCCCAAGAAGGACAAGAAGUCCAAAGGCGACAGCGGCAAGGAGGAGGACAAGAAGGGGAAGAAGGACAAGAAGAAGGAGGCGGCAGACGCUGGUGAAGCUAAGAAGGACAAAGGCGACGACAGCCCCAAGAAGAAGAAGGAGGUGAAGAAGAAGUUCAAACUGGAGCUGCACGAGGACCAGCUCUUCCUCGACGGAAACGAGGUGUACGUGUGGAUUUACGACCCUGUCCACUUCAAGACAUUCGCCAUGGGGCUGAUCCUGGUGAUCGCCGUGAUCGCCGCCACGCUUUUCCCGCUGUGGCCUGCGGAGAUGCGCGUGGGUGUCUACUACAUGAGCGUGACCGCCGGCUGCUUCGUGGCCAGCAUUCUGCUCCUCGCCGUCGCUCGCUGCAUCCUGUUCCUGUUCAUCUGGCUGGUGACGGCCGGGCGUCACCACUUCUGGCUCCUUCCCAACCUGACGGCCGACGUGGGCUUCAUCGACUCCUUCCGCCCGCUGUACACGCACAAGUACAAAGGCCCGCGAAGAGGAGGCGGCAAGAAGGCCAAAGACGACAAGGACGGCGGCGGAGGCGAGGCCCGCAAGUCGGACAGCGACGACAACAAGUCGGACAGCGAGAAGAAGGACGAGGAGGAGGAGGACGACGACGAGGACGACAAGGAGCGCAAAAGCGGCGAGGAAGAGGAAGGGCGGCGCUCGGACACGGACAGCGAGCGCAGGGAGGAGGACGGCUCGCAGCACAGCAACGGCAACGACUUUGAGAUGAUCACCAGGGAGGAACUGGACCAGCACACGGAAGAAGAUGAAGGCGAAGAAGAAGCGGGGAAAGAGGAGCGGAAAGACGCUCAAGUCCCCGCGGCUCAAUCAUAAACUCCCCCUCCCCCCAAAAAAUAAUCCCGUCGCGCUCGACUGACUUCCUGCCCCACACGGGCUCAUCUUGCCAUCCUGUUCUUGUGUCAUUUCAAUUUUCAGCACGUUCAAAAGUGGAAACUUUUCAUGGGAAUUAAUUGAGAAUAAAGUAGGAAUUUACUAAAUUGAAGGUUGCCUAGUCGUAACCCUUUAACAACCAAUCCAAAAAAAGUUUGCAUUUUAUAUUUCCUUAGGGCAGAUAGAGCAAACAUAAAUAGUUUUUAAAACAUGAGCAUCUACCAAAUGGUUGAGAUCUUAGAGUUAAAAAAAAUAAUAAUAAUGAUAAAAUCAUGAGAAAAGUUGUUUUUGUAAAGAAAUAGACCGCGCAAAGGUUUGGGGCACAUUGGAUUCACAGUUAACAAAAUUUUAGUUGGGACUGAGCUUUAGAUACACCGGCGCUCGAAUGAAGUGGGGAAAAAGCAAUUAAGCUACUGUAAUGCGCUGGGCAAGGAGAGCUCUCGAUUUGAGAUGUCUGCUUAUGACAAAAAAAAUCUAUUCGUGCUUGAAUGUGUUACUUUUUCAUUUAAUUUCCCUCAAUUCCCAUGGAAAGUUUAGAAUUUGGAAUACUGUAUUUCCAGAAUUUCCUCUUAUCUUCCCCUGGAAAUUUACCGGAAUCUCACCUGGCCCCCCCAAAAAAACACGGGACAUUUCACACAGCAAGGUCCAACGGUCUCUUGUCCCGCUUUUCUUUUUGGGUGUCAUCACAGCACACACCUUGAGGGACCAAACUCUUUUUUUUUUUUUUUUUUUUUUUUAAGGAACCUAAAAAGGCAAGCAGGGAGUUGAACUUGUCUUGUAAGGUGAACUUGAUUUUUUUUUUUUUCUUUGUGUAGGUGCGGGGUUCCCAAAAACAAAGUACAGUUUCAAAGUAAAAGUCCAGAUAAAAAAUUUAAAAAAGGUGCCAAACAACGCCGGGGGGGUGUGAUGUCGGCCAAUCUGAAAACGAUUCACGUCGCCCAACAAACGAGCACAGUGUGGAAGUGUUGAGGAGGAUCACAUUUGAAAAUGGAUCAUUUGUAUUUGACUAAGGAGCAGUUGGGGCACACUCAAAAGAAUAAAAUUACACCACAAAAAAGCAUUUUGUGGAUGAGUGGAGUCAUAAUCUUAUGAGAAUAAUGUCUUUUUUUAGAUGAACAAAUUCUCAUCUCUAAAAAGAUAAUUUCACUUUUGUUUUUUUUUUCAGGAUAGAGCCUAAUCUUGCAAGAAUAAAUUUGGAAUAUUACAGGAAUUACGUUGUAAUUUUCCAAGAAACAAAGUCUGAAUAUUAGGAAUAUUGGGAGAAUAAAGUCGUAUUUUUACAAGCACAGUGAAGCAUGUCAGGAGUUUGAAUGAGUUGUGUAAAAUAGCUCUUUCUCAUAAUAGCAUUCUUAAAAAAAAAUUAAAAUAAAUAGUAUUAUCAUAAUAGAAAUAUUUAGUUGUCACAUUACAAGAAUGGUUACUUUUUUUUUUUCUUUUUUUUUGAGGGGAAAAGUUGCAAUAUUACAAGAACAACCUGACUGCUCACAAGAAUUCCUGAAUAAACCACUGAGCAAUAAAUAGGGAGACACCAUGCCUAAAAUUUAUAAUUGAAGAAAGAAGCCUUUUGGAUUAAAGGUGAAACGUCUUCGACAAAUAAGAAUAAUCCAGUUGCCUUGAUUCAAUUUUAGCGGAUUAUUGAAGAAAAUUACGACCAUAAACGUCAAACUUUAGGAUUUAAAUCGCCGGGGGCGGGGGGUCAAAAAAUACUUUAUUCUCGUAAAAUUACCACCCUGAAAAAUUACAGUCGUAAUAUUAUAUAAGAAUAGUAAUUGUUAAAUUGUACCUUUAAAGAUUAUUUUACUAUAAGAAUCUCAAAAUUUGAAAUAUUAUAUCUUUUUGAAACUUUAUUUUUGUAAAAUUUUGACUAUUGUCUCACAAAAAUAUGAUUGUCUCAAUAUUACGAUUAUUCCAAAAAGUACUUUCAUUAAAAAUGACUUCAUUCACGGUCAUUUUUUGAGACAGUUGUAAUACGGAAAAAAAAAAUACAAACUAUCCUAGGCUUUUUCUUGCUUAAAUAUGACUGGUCUCGUAAUGUUUUCUUCGCAGACAUUUUUUUUUUUUCAAUAUCAUACAAAUUUGAAACUUUCUUUUCCUUGAGAAAUUUUUCGAAGUCCGAAGAAUGAACCUCUACUGUUGUGUUGGUGUUAUUCAGCGUGUCCCUCCUACUUCUUGGUAAUAUUCGGAUCUAUGAGCUAUAAUUAUGCAUACCAUGUUUGCAGUCCAUGUAACUGCCUCUUUGCGUCUUCUCUAUUAUUAGGAGGUGUUAAAUAUAUAUAAAUAUACAUCUUUAUUCCCUGUCCUGCUGCCAAGUUUGUUUGGUUUUUAUACUUGUUACAAUAACAGUAGAAAUGUAUCCAUUUUUCUUUCAGCCCCUUUAAUUUAUUCAAUUUUUUUUUUUGUUCUUACCAGUUUCUGUUCUUGUAGUCCUCAUUUGUGUUGAUUCUUGUGUCUCUCUCUCUCUCCACUUGCUUCCGUACAAUGUAGUAUGAUAUUAUUAUAUGACAUUCUAUUAAAAGGACUCUCUUCAUCGCACAGUGGGCGGGUUGGGGGUGAAAAGUUGUAGAUGUCAAUGUUCUCUUUUGUCCUCUUUGACUGCCUAUAGUUGUUCACAUUAGAUUAUCAUGCAAUAUUGGAAUAUAAUUUAAUAAAAAAAAAAAAAAAAAAAGAAUAAUGGAUGUCUGGAAAUAUUGCAGUAAAAACAUUAAGCACCAA